UCCCGUCCCGGGGCUCGGUGCCGAGCGGGGGCAGGUCAGAACCGGCCCGUUUGUGUGGAGUUUCUUCCCCCCUGAAACACCGAACAUCCCGGUGCCGGUAACGGCAAAGCAAGGAGGAAUUCGGCACCCGGGGAGGGAGAGCGGGGGAAUCUCCCGCUAUUUCGGGGUGCUCGGCCACCGCCUGCUCCGGUUUGGGGGUGACCGGGACCCUCCCUCCGUCACGGUUUGAGUGUGGUCAGGACACUCCCGCCAUCCUGUUUGGGGUGACUGGGACCUUCCUGCCAUCCCGCUUUGGGGUGGCUGAUAUCCGCGCGUGUUGCAGCUGGGGCAGGAGAUAAGCGGGAUCUCCAGCGGCUCCCUUGGGUGCUGUGACACCGGCGCUGCCCCGGGAGGGCGGGUGGCUCACGGGGCACUCACAAACGGGGACUCGGGUCCCCCCCAAGACACUCCCCCAGCAGCUGCUGCCCUGUCCCACCACUGUCACCACCACUGUCACCACCCCCGCGGGCUGUGGUGAGACCCCCAGGGCUCGGAGCACGGCUGGGCUGGAUCAGGGCCGGGAGGAGGCUGUGCUUAGGGUUCCCUUCACACUGCUGGGGUGCAGUGGAGGGAUGGAAAUUAUUCCACAGAGCGGGAACGCCACAGGGCAGUGAACUGGGUGACACUUUUCAUCCUGCCCCGCUAUUCCGGGUUGGGAGCUGCAUGUCCCCAGCUGCUGCCCCACUCCAGGGUGCUACUGGGGAGCUGAGGAAUGGGACAGCCAGCACUGGGGCAGCCAAGGGACACAAUGCCAGCUGUAAAUACUUGGGAGAUAAACACCGGGGAAGGGGAAGAACUGCUGAAACCAAAGGAUGGCAUUGGCAGAGGCCUGGGAACACCACAGCAGAGAGGAGGCUCUGCCACUGGGACAGUGGGGCCAGAAAGGGUGAUUUUGGGUCAGCUGGUGUCAGAAGGGUCUUCUCCUGCCUGGAUUUUCCUGGAUUGCUUUGCUGAAGGCGGGGCUAUGGAGGCAGCUGGGAUGAAGGGAAGGGGAGCACCUUUGGGUGGAUCAGUGCCAUUCCUCAGCAGCCACGCUCGAUCCUCCUCGGCAGGAAUCGGCAGAGCCCUGAGCACCGGCUACUGCCGCCUGUGCCACGGGAAGUUCUCCUCGCGGAGCCUGCGCAAUGCUUUCGGGAAGGUGCCCGUGCUGGGGGAGAACUCGGAGAAGCAGCGGCGCGUGGACCAGGUGUUCUUCGCCGACUUCCAGCGGCUGGUGGGCGUGGCGGUGCGGCAGGACCCCGCGCUGCCACAGUUCGUCUGCAAGAAAUGCCAUGCCCAGUUCUACAAGUGCCGCAGCGUCCUCCGGACCUUCAUCCAGAGGGUGAAUGCCUCGCCCACGGGCCACGCCAAGUCCAAAGGAAAGAGCAGCGAGGUCGAGGCGCAGCCGGGGAUGGAAGGAGGUGCCUCCUGCCUGGUUGACUUGAUCACGUCCAGCCCGCAGUGCCUGCACAGCCUGGUGACGUGGACGCACACGCACGCCGGGAGCUGCGACUCGGUGCCCGGGCUGCGGAGCGUGCUCUCCUCCGAGUACUGCGGCAUCAUCCGCGCCGUCUGGGGCUGCGGGGACGGCCACGACUACGUCAUGGACACGGACUCGGACUGCAGCUCCGUGCUGCUCGACAACGCCCUGUCCGUCAAACGGGAGUGGAGCAAGGGCACGGCGCAGCAGCGCUUGACUGACAACGGGGCCGGGGCGGACAAUGCCGAGGCUGUUCCUGCUCCCAAAGCCCAGCACGCUCCAGUAAGGACAGCUCCUUGCCAGCAGCCCGCCAACAAAGGGACCACGGCGGUGCCACUGAAUGUGGAGAACGAGCCGCCGCAGGACAGAGACCCGUCUCCCUCGCAGCUGGACAGCGCGGCCUCCGUCCGGGAGCAGGCCCUGCUGCAGCCCGUCUCCCCGCUGAGCACUGCCACAGGACAGUUGAGUGGGAAGCAGGUUCUGUCUGCAACGUCGGAUGAGCGGGUAAAAGACGAGUUCAGUGACCUUUCUGAGGGGGACUUCUUGAGCGAUGAUGAAAGCGAGAAGAGAAACGUGCAAUCUUCAGAUGACUCCUUCGAGCCUUACCCCGAGAAGAAGGUUUCUGGCAAGAAAAGUGACAAUAAAGAAGCAAAGAAGGUGGAAGAGCCCAAAAUAAGGAAGAAGCCAGGGCCUAAGCCAGGCUGGAAAAAAAAAAUCAAAUGUGAACGGGAGGAGCUGCCCACCAUCUACAAGUGUCCUUACCAGGGCUGCACCGCUGUCUACAGAGGGGCUGAUGGCAUGAAGAAACACAUCAAAGAGCACCACGAGGAGGUGCGGGAGAGGCCCUGCCCUCACCCUGGCUGCAACAAGGUGUUCAUGAUCGACCGGUACCUGCAGCGGCACGUCAAGCUCAUCCACACAGAGGUACGGAACUAUAUCUGUGAUGAGUGUGGGCAGACCUUCAAGCAACGCAAACACCUCUCGGUCCAUCAGAUGCGGCACUCGGGAGCGAAGCCCCUGCAGUGUGAGAUCUGUGGGUUCCAGUGCCGCCAGCGCGCCUCCCUCAAGUACCACAUGACCAAACACAAAGCAGAGGCGGAGCUGGAGUUCGCCUGCGACCAGUGCGGGAAGCGCUUCGAGAAGGCCCAUAACCUCAACGUCCACAUGUCCAUGGUGCACCCUCUGACCCAGACUCAGGACAAAGCCAAGCCGCUGGAGCCAGAGCCCAUCCUCCUCCUCACUACUUCAGGGACUGCGGAAGGCCAGGCGGUGAAGCCAGAAGUGACUGCACAGCCCGAGCCCACCUGAGGGGCCGGGGACGCGUGCCCAGCCCAGCCCCGUAGAAGCCGUACGGCAGUGGAGAUUUUUAAUCUACGUUUUAGUCUCCCAAAGAACUCCGUGGAAUUAGCUUCAGCUUGCUCAGAAAAGGCUUGUUCUCAUGCAGUGGUUUCCAUGCUCACGUCUGAUUCAGCAGUGUUGUACUAAGAGUGUCUAAUCCCAGGGGAGGGGACGUUGGCAGCACCCCUUCGUGUCCCCAGCCCCACGCACACGUUGUAGAAACCAAGUUGGCCACGACUGUUCCCUGCCUGCACAGAGGUGCCCUCGGGGGUUCAAGGGGGACAGAGGACAGUGGGACAACUUUCAGGAGACAUUUUGUUUUGGAAAAAGAAGAAAAAAAAAAAACAACAACAUAAUUAUGAUUCCCAAAGCAAGUCUAAACUGAAAAUUUGUAACCUACUUUUUAUUGUAACAAGAGCUUCAUGGUUAUGCUUGUAAUAAAUUAUUUACAAAGUAAUUUGAAAAAAA